AUGGCAGCUGCAUUAUCAUGUUCAUCCUCGUGGACGCCUGAAUGGCCAGGCGGGUUCAUGUUUGAUCCACUAGACGAAGUGCAAGUGAUUCAUUAUCUUCAUCCCAAGGCCACGGAAAUUUCCAACUGUAAAUGCCCUGAAGUAAUCCCUGAAUGCGAUCUUUACGGCACUGAAGAACCAUGGCAGAUUUGGGAGAAGAUGGAAAGAGCUAAUAACUGUAUAAAGAACAAAGAAGAGAUGUUCUUCUUCACAAGAUUGAAGAGGGUCUCUCCCAAGUCCAACCGUUGCAAGAGAAGCGUUGGCAAAGGUUGUGGGAAAGGCGAUGGUAAUUCCAGCAAUAUUUUUUACUUUUCCGACCAAAACGAAAGAAAAAGAAUCGGAAUCAAAAAGACUUACUAUUAUGAGAAAAACAACGUCAAGAACGACAAGUCCAGGUCCAACGACGACGAUGACAACAACAACCGCUAUCGAUGGAUAUUGCAUGAGAUUAGCCUUGAUGAGUCCUUACUACAACACGCUAAGGCACACUAA